CCCAAACGGCAAACUGCAUUAAUUCACGAUUAUAGUUUAAUUGCAGAAUUUAAAAUCGCGAUCAGGAUAUUUGCGAUAAAUUCCUCCAUCAAAGUUUUACAAAUUUAUUGGAGCGACCGACGUAAGACAUUUUAAGUCUGUUUUACUUAUUCAACCUACAGUUACACUUAUAAUACCUGAAAAGACAGAAGUUUAACUUGAACAUAAAGAAGAAAAAGGAAAUGACAAAAAAGACAAUUAACGAAGACGCUCGAUUUAUCAAUCGGCAAACUUCAAUUAUAAGUAAUUAGGACAGCGUUGGGCCAUGUAUCAACGAAAUUUUUACAAGCAUCAGUGUAGUGUCAGCUGAUAUUCAUAUAUUGCAUAUAUGUGUACGCAUAACGAGUUCUUGAAUUUGUAUGUCUUGACAAACCGUAGACUGAUGUAGACUGUAUCAAAAAAACGGAUUACGAUUGUUAAUCUCUGUGAUAAUCUAUUUCUCUUUCCAUACAAUCAGUUGCGUGCCACAAUAAGCAAGACGAGAUAAAAAUUCUACAUGAGAUGCGAAUGGUGGGGGAAGAUGUAAUCAAUUUUAUUUAUCAACAUACCAAAGUCUUGCAGGAUGGACAGUUCGAUGGCACGCGUUAACCGGCUGCUAUUGUUCUAAGUUGAAUUUCAUUCAUGUAUUACCAAGUUGCCAUUUUCUACCAACAGUAUUUUAGUUUGCUUAUUAUACUGCAUAAUUUUUUUUCGGUUUCAUUUUUCUCUCUUGAUGAAUUUUAAUAUGAGUUCCUCAAUCGCAGUCUUUGCUAUCUCCUUCGCCCUUUUUGUAUCCGGUUCUCUCCCGACAGCAGUUGAAUUACCAGAAUCCGAUACUAUAGAUUCAAUUGGCAACUUGCUCACACAUUUCGAUGUUAACGGAACGGGAAGUGAAUUCAAUUUCCCAUCGGUUUAUGCAGAGAAAAUCCUGACCAGAGCCAACACUACACGGGGUGUUAAUUGCAGUGACAGAUCAAUUGACGAAUUUCCAAAAGAUCUGUUUUCAAGAAUGCAGCGGCAAGAAGGGGCUGUUUUACUCCACAUUUUGGCUGGAGUCUACGCUUUUCUGAUGGUCGCUAUCAUUUGCAAUGAUUAUUUCCUACCCGCUGUUGAUUGUAUCUGCAAGGAUCUUAACAUCAGUCAGGAUGUCGGAGCAGCAACUUUCAUGGCCACAGCUACCUGUGCUCCGGAACUCUUCGUAAACAUAAUCGGAACUUUCCUCACAGAAUCAGAUCUUGGGAUCGGUGCGGUAGUUGGAUCUGGCGCGUUCAAUAUCUUCGGAGUCGCCGCUUGUGGCGGAUUAGCUGCUAUUGGGGGUAUCCAAAUGGAUUGGUGGCCGUUGACACGAGAUUGUAUCAUCUACUCAAUUUCGAUUGGAUUAUUGACCUUCAUGAUGUGGGACGGAGAAAUUACGUGGAGCGAAUCAUCUAUUCUAGUGUUUUUCUAUUUCAUUUACUUCGUCAUCCUUUUCUGCAACAAAAUCACUUCCCGUUGGGCCCAUAAAUUUGUUGCAACAUUUACUAGGCAAAAAAGUCUAGCAGAAUCACCGAUUCAGGAUCCGGUACAAAAAUUGGAAAUCCAAGGUAUUUAUCGUCCUUAUUUCCAUGGAGAACUGCUGGUCGAAUACAGGAACAGUAUCCGUAGAAACACACAAGAACAGAAUGCCCACCUUUCGGCGGAGCACGCGAAAGCAGUCGAAGCUGCUGAACCACUGGAAGAAUAUGUGGAACCAGAUACCCCGUUUGUGCUACCGACGGGUGAAAUAUACCACAAGAUGUGGUGGUUCUUCCUGUGGCCGCUUCGUUUCAUCUUGUUCAUCACGGUACCUGACUGCCGAUUUAAGAAAGUUAGGAAAUUUUAUCCGUUCACCUUCAUGAUGUGCAUUGUCUGGAUCGCACUAACAUCGUACCUCGUUUCCUGGAUGAUCACCGUUGUCGGAGACACAAUUGGAAUCGCUGACACUGUAAUGGGUCUGACAUUUUUGGCUGCUGGAGGCAGUUUACCUGAAGCAGUAUCUAGUGUUAUCACGGCAAGACGAGGCAACGGUGCAAUGGGUCUCAGUAAUUCCAUCGGAGCGAAUACUUUAGAUAUUUUACUUUGUCUCGGACUUCCAUGGAUGAUAAAAACUGCGUCAGGGAAUGUAAAGAUUAACAUCGUCUCGUCUACCAUCACUUUUAUUAUUCUCGCAUUGUCGGGGACUGUUGUAACACUUUAUAUAAUGGUCGCCGCUAGUAAGUUUCGUCUAAACAAGAAAGUUGGGGCUGGUUGUCUGUUAGGUUACGCGAUUUUCUUGCUAAUCGCGGUACUUCUUGAAUCGAACGUAUUCUUUUUUGUCAACUAUCCGAUGUGCCCCCCGACGGAUUGAUCUAUACGUCGAUAUAAAAGACGCAAUUGCGUCGAAUGAAAUCCGCAUAAGAAUAUACCUCUAAGCCACCUAUACUGUGUUCGUAUUUCUAGAAUUUAUAAUAGGAGCAUGAUAAUUUAAAUGGUUACUUUGUACCGCCAAAGCUCCUAAAAACGAAAGAUAGUUCGUACAAUAAUUAAGAUCAUCAAACUAUGAACACGUACAGGGUAUGGAAAGAAACAUUUCGCCUCCCCUUCAGGGACCAAGAAUCACUAGCUAGAUAAACAUUCUAGGAUUCUUGUAGCUACGAAUCUGCAUUCAGAAAAAGUCGAUGGAGGAAAUCUAUCAAGACUCAAGUAAUGCACCACGUAUUUUUACAGAGGGAGUUUUCCGCGUUCUAGUAGGGUGUUUCAGGCACGAACCGGAAUUAUUAACAAUGCAAUUUAUAGUCCGUUAAUUAGAGUCAUCAUUUUCGUAGCGUCAUUUCAUUACACUGAACGGAAACAAGCAGAUUGAAGAAUGUGAAAGAAGGAAGGAAUAAUUCUUUAAACUGAAUAAUAAUCGGUAUUGCAGUUACUUCUAACUGGCAAUCUUAUUAGUCCUGAUGUUAUUAAAUUCGACUGAUUUUAUUUUCGUCGAAUAUUAACAAAUUUGUAAUAAUCGCAAAUAAGGAUGUUCAAGAAUAUGAUCAAUGAUGAAAAUACUCUACGGAAACUAGAUAAUACUCGAUAGAAAGUCAUUUCAUUCGAAUUAUUCUAUAAAUUUUAUAACGGUAAUUAUUCAAGCAUAAUUGUAUAUACCGUAUAUUGAUGUGUAUAAAUAUCAUAGAUUUUAAUACAACGAUGAUAUAAUUAACCAAUGAUCGAGUAUCGGAGAAAGUUGUGAUAUACUUUAGUUUUAAGAUCUGCCUCAAUCGCCAAGAUUACUACAAUUGUAACGUCAUGUGACGCUAUUACAUUACGCGAAAGAUUACACGUAAAAAUUCUUAAUUUCAA